GUUAUUAUAUUUCCAAGUUUAGACUCUAUUACCUCUCUUCGGUCCCUUCUUUUGUUUCCUCUCAUAAAUAAUGCGCUUGCAUUGCCAUUCUUGUGUUUUGUUUUAGCUUUAGCUCUUAAGCUAGACAAAGUUAUCAUCGGUCGUUUAGCUCAUCAUGGCUUCUGCUUCUGUGUAUUCUUCUUUGGUGUUUUUGCUGUUGUUACUAGAUGGGCUUGACGGUUGUUGCAUGGCUAGUUCGGUUGUGCUGGGUUCGAGAUUGUUGGCUAGAGAGGAUCGAGCGUGGGUUUCGGACAAUGGUACCUUUGCAUUUGGGUUCACUCAAGCGGAUAAUCGCCAUCGAUUUCAAUUGGCAAUUUGGUUUGCAGAUCUUCCUGGGGAUCGAACUGUUGUUUGGUCACCUAAUAGAAACUCUCUGGUCACGGAAGACGCUUCCCUGGAGCUGGACGCCACUGGCAACCUCAUCCUCGUAGAUGGAGACACCACCGUAUGGAUGUCAAACACCUCUGAUUCCGGUGUCGAAACAGCAGUCAUGACAGAAUCCGGCAACUUCGUCCUCUACGGUAGCAGCACCAAUCACUCUGUAUGGCAAAGUUUUGAACACCCAUCCGAUACUCUCCUGCCAAACCAGCCUUUAACAGUCUCUCUUGAACUAACAUCGCCAAAAUCACCUAUAGAUGGUGGCUAUUACUCGCUCAAAAUGUUACAGCAGCCUACUUCACUAAGCCUUGCAUUAACAUACAACUUGCCUGAGUCAUAUGAUGCUUCUCCUGAAGCUUAUGCCAAUUAUUCCUACUGGCCUGGACCUGACAUUUCAAACGUUACUGGAGAUGUUCUUGCUGUAUUAAAUGAAGCGGGGAGCUUUGGAAUUGUAUAUGGUGAAUCUUCUAGUGGAGCUGUGUAUGUAUAUAAAAACGAUGGCGAUUAUAAUGGACUAUCCUCCUCUACAAAUCAAUCCACUCGGUUAUCAGUUAUUCGAAGAUUAAUCCUCGAGAGUAACGGGAAUUUACGUUUGUAUAGAUGGGAUAAUGAUGUUAACGGUUCUCGACAAUGGGUGCCUGAAUGGGCAGCAGUGUCAAAUCCAUGCGACAUUGCUGGUGUUUGUGGAAAUGGGAUAUGUAAUUUGGAUAGAAGCAAAACAAAUGCUUCUUGUACAUGCUUGCCUGGUACUUCUAAAGUAGACAAUGGUAUACAGUGUUCGGAGAACUCAUUGUUGAUUGGAAAGUGCGAUUCACCAAAUGUAAAUCAGACGUCAGACUUUAAAAUCGCAGCUGUGCAGCAAACCAAUUACUAUUUCCCUGAUUUUUCAGUUAUAGCAAAUUACAGUGAUAUUCCAACAGUUUCCAAGUGUGGUGAUGCUUGUUUAUCAGCUUGUGAAUGUGUAGCCUCAGUUUAUGGUCUUGAUGAUGAGAAACCGUACUGUUGGCUACUGGGGAGCUUAGAUUUUGGUGGAUAUGAGGACCCUGGCUCCACCUUGUUCGUGAAGGUUAAAUCGAAUGGCUUGUUGGAAGGAGAUAAAGAGGAGUCUGGUGAUGGGUCUGGGAUCUCAAAAGAGAAAGUCUUGGUUCUUCCUAUAGUUCUCAGCGUGACAUUUAUUUUUGGCCUCCUCUGCCUAUUAUUGUAUUAUAAUGUGCACCGAAAGAGAGCUUUGAGAAGAGCUAUGGAGAAUGCCUUAAUUCUUUCAGGUGCUCCAAUAAACUUUAGCUACCGCGACUUGCAAAUUCAUACUUCAAAUUUCUCACAGUUGCUUGGAACAGGAGGAUUUGGAAGUGUGUAUAAAGGAAGCCUUUCUGAUGGGACUUUGAUUGCUGUAAAGAAACUGGACAAGGUUUUACCUCAUGGUCAGAAGGAAUUUAUAACUGAAGUGAACACCAUUGGUUCUAUGCACCACAUGAACCUUGUUCGUCUAUGCGGAUACUGCUCUGAAGGAUCACAGCGUCUUCUUGUUUACGAGUUUACGAAAAAUGGGUCCUUGGACAAAUGGAUAUUUCCUUCCUACAAUUGCCGGGAUAGAUUGCUAGAUUGGACUACUCGGUUCAAUAUAGCUAUUGCAACUGCACAAGGAAUAGCUUACUUUCAUGAGCAGUGCAGAAAUCGGAUAAUUCACUGUGAUAUAAAGCCAGAGAAUAUCUUAUUAGAUGAGAAUUUCUGCCCCAAAGUAUCAGAUUUUGGGCUCGCCAAGUUGAUGGGAAGAGAACACUCCCAUGUUGUUACUAUGGUAAGAGGAACUAGAGGCUAUCUAGCACCAGAAUGGGUUAGUAACCGGCCUAUAACUGUAAAGGCUGAUGUUUAUAGCUACGGAAUGCUACUUCUGGAGAUCAUUGGUGGGAGAAGAAACCUCGACAUGUCUUAUGAUGCACAGGACUUCUUUUACCCUGGAUGGGCUUUCAAGGAGAUGACAAAUGGGAUGCCAAUGAAAGCUGCAGAUAGAAGGCUGGAAGGGGCAGUAAAAGAAGAAGAGCUGAUGAGAGCACUAAAAGUGGCCUUUUGGUGCAUUCAAGAUGAGGUGUUUACGAGACCUUCAAUGGGAGAAGUGGUGAAAAUGUUAGAAGGAUCAAUGGACAUCAACACACCACCAAUGCCGCAGACUGUUCUGGAACUGAUUGAAGAAGGUUUAGAUCAUGUUUACAAGGCCAUGAAAAGAGAAUUCAAUCAAUUUAGCUCCUUCACCACUGCGACUACGCAUCCUUCAUCUCAUGCUACUUGCAGUUAUUCAACGAUGUCACCUAGAUAACCUGGGUUAAGGAUAAUAAAAGUAUGCUUAAUUUAAAUUUACAAUUAUCUACCACUUAAUUGUAAGUUCUUAAACAAUUUUCACUUUUUAGUUUUCUUUUCUAUUUUACAUUUGCUUUUUAGUA